CCACAGUUAAAAGAAAAGCACAGUCCUCUUUCCCCUGCACUCCAAAGGUAUUUUCUGAAUCUGAAAUAAGGAAAAAAGAAGAUGGCCGGAGAUGGAAGAGAAGAAGAGGAGAUGAAAAAGAAGAACAAGUUGGGUGGUCUCAAAACCAUGCCAUUCAUAUUGGCAAAUGAAGUCUGCGACCGGUUUGCAACAGCUGGUUUUAAUGCUAAUAUGGUUCAAUACCUUCAGAAUGAGCUCCAUCUUCCUCUUAUUCAGGCCACUAAUACUCUUAAUAACUUCAGUGGCACGGCCAGCCUUACUCCGAUCAUUGGUGCUCUUAUUGCAGACUCUUUUGCUGGCCGUUUCUGGACCAUAGCCGUUGGAUCUUUAAUCUAUCAACUAGGCAUGAUGGGAGUCACCAUAUCAGCACUCCUCCCCGUGCUUCGCCCGAUGCCAUGCCCUCCUCAAUCCCCAUCCUGCCAGAAAGCCUCAGCCUGGCAGCUCGCCAUCUUCUACAUCUCCCUCCUCCUCACAGCUGUCGGGUCAGGCGGGAUUCGACCAUGUGUGGUCGCAUUCGGAGCGGAUCAGUUCGAGCUAGACCGGCCGCAGCAGCGGCCCGGCGGGUCAGGCCAACGGCCACAUUGGAGCUUCUUCAACCUCUAUUUCUUCAGCAUGGGUGCGGCAUUAUUGCUGGCUCUCACCGUGGUGGUUUACAUACAGGAUAAUGUGGGAUGGGGCCUAGGUUUCGGUAUACCCACCAUCGUUAUGUUCGUUUCAGUCAUCGCUUUUGUUCUGGGGAGCCCUCUUUACAUAAGGCGGAAGCCCGGCGGGAGCCCGCUGACUAGAUUGGCCCAAGUGGUGGUGGCGGCGGUUCGGAAGCGGAAACUUGUGUUGCCGGAAGACAGCAACGAUCUGUAUCAGAACAAGCAGAUGGAUGCAGAUAUAUCAAUGGCUGGAAGACUGUUGCACACCGAACACCUCACGUUCUUGGACCGGGCGGCAAUCCUCACCAAUUCCGACAUCACCACCACCGGCAUACCCCAUCCAUGGCGACUAUCCACCGUCCACCGCAUCGAGGAGCUCAAAUCCAUACUCCGCAUGCUCCCAAUUUGGUCCGUUGGCAUCCUCAUCAUCACCGCCUCCUCACACAAUCACACCUUUACCAUCAUCCAAGCCAAAUCCAUGGACCGCCAUCUGGUCGGAAACUUCAAAAUUCCCCCCGCUACUCUCUCUAUCUUCUCCAUCCUCUUCAUGCUCCUCACACUAGCCCUCUACGAUCGCCUCCUCAUACCCCUCGCCCGCCGCCUCACACGCCGCCCCACCGGCCUCUCCUACCUCCAACGCAUCGGUGUCGGCCUCGCCAUCUCCCUCAUCUCCAACAUCUCCGCUGCGCUCGUCGAAACACAGCGUCGCACCACCGCCACGGCACAUGGCCUCACCGACCGCCCGAGUGCCACCGUGCCUAUCAGUGUUUUCUGGUUGGUGCCGCAGUUUGCAGUACACGGCAUCGCCGAAGCUUUCUCUUCGGUGGGGCAUAUGGAGUUCUUAUAUGAUCAGUCGCCGGAGAGCAUGAGGAGCAUGGCGGCUGCGCUGUUCUGGCUGGCGGCGUCGUUGGGGAAUUAUGGCGGGACUUUGCUGGUGAUUUUGGUUAGCCAUUUUAGUAAGAGGACAAAAGAGGGAAAUUGGUUGCAGAACGAAUGGUUGCAGAAUGAUAUUAAUAAGGGGAGAUUGAAUUACUAUUAUUGGCUGGUUGUUGGGCUCCAAGUUUUCAACUUCGUAUACUAUCUUGUUUGUGCGAGGUUUUACAAGUUUAAGCCGUUGGAGGUCGUCGGAGAUGAGAAUAUGGGGAAGGUUGGGGACGACGAGAACGGCGGCGGUGGCUGCGAUGUGGAGCUGGCUGCUGGAGCCAAGUGCAAAUUGUAUUAUGCUAAUCAAAAGGAUUAGGCUAUCGUUGAGGGAUUGUUUAGGUGAACAUGGCUCAAAAUUUUUAAAAUUUAGCGAGCCGAGGUCUUCUAAAAAUUUCUUAUAAAUUAGAGAGAAGAUUCUCAGGACAAGCCUAACCCGGUGCUGCCAUCAGGCAAAAUUAUAGAAAGAUCUUGUUAAUUAUGUAAAUUAGCAUUAGGACCUUGACAAUAAUUUAAU